UGUUUCAUUCAGGAGUCCAAUCUUACCAGAUCAUUAGAUUACUGCCAUGCCCUCUUUUUAAUGUUGUAUACUUCAGGUCACAGUCAGGAAGUACAGUAGUCCACAGCAGUUUUUAUAUUUUACUCUGACAGAUGUUAAUAUUUAACUAUUUGGGUAUGCUAUGGAAUUCUCUAUAAUUGUUACUUCUGGAAAUGACUAUGAGUGGAGUCUAAAGCCACACUGUACCCUCAAAAUGUUUAACCUUGGCAAGGCAAUCUACACGCACAUGUAUCAUAGCUACAUGUAUAUUUCAACAAAUUUGUUAUUUCUUAGUCUUUCUCUUUGGUCCAUUUUCUCACGAGAACUAUCAAUAUCUCUGUAGGUAAGAAAGAGGAGAUAAUUGUUUAAAAAGGCUACAUUGUAAAAUAACCAAUAUUGAUUUAAAUUUUUCACCAUUUAAAGUCUGCAAAUAAAAAAUAGAUUUAAAAAUUUAUACAAUGAAAGUGUACAUAGUGUUUUCCUAACGAUCAACCAAUUUUCUGGUUACCCCAUUGGUGAACAAUAGAGAAAGCUACCACUUUUGUGUCAACUGCUUUGGGGUAUUAUCAGUUGUCCUAGUACCAGCCCACUGUUGUGUUUACCUUGUCAACACACUAAUACCUUGAUCAUCCCUCCAGCUACAUGUAGCUCAUCUUUUCAGUAGUAGCAUGGCAGUAGAGUGCCUACAGCCACAGUCUGACGUUUGCAGAAUAGAACACCUACAUUCAGAUUUUUCAGCUUGUCAACUUAACCAAAGGGAUGUGUUGCUGAGGAAUUCUGUUUUAGAAGGAGUAAUAUUGGGAUUGACUUUACCUUUGGCUUCAGUUACUGUAUUAAUGCAAGCUGGAAAGUGAGCCUGUCACAGUUUACAUGUAACUCCAUAAGUGUGUGCAAAAAGUUUGACGUGAACAUUUCCUGUCUUGGAGCUGGUGAUUAUCUUUACAUUGGAUUUUCAUGUAAUACUCCAGCAUGGUAUGUUUCCAUUUGAACCUGAAGUAGACAACCAUGACCAUGUGGACAGCUUCACAUGAUAAACCACACUACAUGUACCUGGGCUGAUUACACAACGAAAUACAUGUACAUCUCUGAUAAAUGCAACCUUUAAGCUCUCAAUCAUCCAUCUCAUGGGAAACAUCCUGUCCCCCGAUAUGAAACUCCAGACAUUCCUAUGUCGUGCAAAUUUAUGGCAUGACAAGAUUCAACGUAUGACCAACCAUCUACAAGUUGCCAAUUGUUGCAACACCCAGACGGCACAUCGCAGGAUAUACAUGUUCUGAUGAUGACUGUUAAGCUGAAGAAUGCAUGUUAUUGCAUCUGCAAAGACCAAGAUGAUUGAAAAUUGGCAAAAAAAUUGAAAUGAUUUUUUUUAGAUCUUGUUCAAUCUACACAGAGUACUACCUGAAUACUGUGAUCACUGCUUAUAAGAACAGGAAAGUCCGACUUAUAUCUUGAAUUAGAAAACUCAAUAUUUCUUCAGAAAACCAAAAGUGCCUCCCAGACGAUGAAGACUGAAAAUUCACAAACACAAGAGAAAUGGAACUCUAACCCUUGUUUCACAAUGGAUUUAUACACAGACAGUGAAGAGUCAGGGUCUAUGACCGAUAUCAGCACAACAUCCUCAACUAUGGACAAUCUGAGGACACCAGACUCAAUAACCAAGACAAACCCUUUUAAUUUUAAUGACAGUAAAACGUAUGGUGUGAUCACUAACAUGAAUGUCCCUCAGUCAAAGAUGGGUAUAAAAAGUCUAUCUACUUAUGAACUGCAAAGACAAUCAAACAUCCGACCAACACCUGACUCACUACUAGACCACACACUCCUUCAUCCAUCUCCUGGUCACCAUAGCAUGACCAAUCUGGGGACUGAGAACAUUCAGAGGACAUCUUAUAACAUGGCAACCAUGUCACAUGACAGACUGAAAAAUGCACACAGAGGAGCGGGGAAGCGAAGGCAUGCUUCAGUUACUUCAAAUUUGGAGACAGAUGCCUGCACAUGUGGACUGACAAAGCAUUCAGACACUAACAGCAAUAUCAGCUGCGAUACUGGCAAUAUGCAAACUCAUGAGAAAGUCCAAAACAGAAAUGAGCACUUGGACCUAAGACCAAUUCAAAGAAACAGUCCCUACCCACUCUGGAAGUUUAGUAAAUCUAAGAAGCCUCCAGAGACAGUACUGGAUGUUGCCUACAGGACAAUUCUUGACUACAAGCAUCCAGUAACACUUCAUAGGCAACCGAAGGCAGAUCGUCAGAUGGACCAUUAUGACUACCUCCCAAGUAUCAAGGUCUUUAGUGAAGAAGACCACCAAAAACGAGAAGCUAUGCGAUUCCAGCUAAAGUACCAACUACAAAUGGAAGAGAAAAGGAAGCGACAAGAGAUCCUGGAGAUGGAACGUGAUAUUCUUCCAGAAAGUGAAAGGGAGGAAAAUGUCCAAAAGAGCAUCUUCCUCCCGUCAGGUGAGGAGUAUGAAUUCUCGGAUGGUGACAUCUCCACAGCAACCCUGCCUGUUCCUAGCCCUAGAGGGGAGCGCAGGAGCUCUACAUCAAGUCAUCAUUCCAGCAGAAGUAUUCAUAAGCCAAACUCCCCAAGACCUGUGUCAUCCAGACGUAGUUCUCAUGAUAUACAUGUAAGCCCAGCCAAAAGCCCACCUUACACAGUCUCUGUUAUGCCUCCUCCUUCUCCUUCAUCGCAAGGAUCCAAGAGACGACAUUCUGUCAGCACCUUAGUCCGUCGACAGAAGAUGUUCAAUGUGGUUAGCCACUGGCCUGGUAUGGGACCUAACACCAAGCUGUAUGAGAUUGAGGAGCCAUCUACCCAAAUCAUUAGUGAGGAGGACAGUAACAGCGAGAUGCCUAAACCCCCACCUAUCCACCACACCACUAAUCGAGGGUCACCUGUCCGCCAAACUAAUCAUGCAACACCUGUCAAUCAUGCCCAUCACAGGAGCAGGAACUCAAGAAUGUUAAGUCAUACUGAACACAAGACUGUACAAAAGGGGGCACCAUCUCUGACAAGAGAAAUGUUGUGAAGAUUUGUUAAAUUGGCAAAGUGCAAAAUUCACAAAUGUCAAAUGAACAAGACUGCUGUAAGUGAACCUACAUGUAUUAUAAUCACAAACAUGUAUCAGGACAACUUGUAUUUCAUACAUGUAUAUGUAUGAUACAAACCCUGCUACAAACUGCUUGCUGGCUACACAGUGACCUAAAUAUUAAAAAACUUUGAGGGCCUUAGCGCUUUAGAAAGAUUCUGCUAUAUGUAGGAGUGAAAUGUCAGGCACUACAACUUUUUUAAAUACAAGUAAAAAAGAAUAAGAGAUCUGUAUACAAAAGUGAAGGCAUGUGUAUGUAGCGGUACAUGUAAAGUGUAUUAUACUCAUACAUGUAGAUACAUGUACCCUGGUAUAUGUACGCUGCAGGCCUGAUAUAAGCUAUUAGUUCUAGCAUGUGAACUGCAUGUAGCAUACAUGUACAUAUAAAGGCCAACAGACAGUAGACUGUUAUGUCUUGUUGUCUUUCUUGAUUAUAGUACAUUUGCUGGUCAUUUUGUUCUAAUUAAAUAGUUUAUUUUUGUUCAUCUUUGCUUUAAAAUUAUUCACUUUAAAUUUAUACAUUGCGUGUUUAUAUUUAUUUUAAUUUUGUUAAAGAUCAUUUUCGUGUUGGCAUUUUAAGUUUAGGUAGGCAGGCUUCAGGGCUACAAGUGUUUAAAGUACCGUACACUCUUGCUUCCAUGUACAUGUAAUCUUGCUGACUUGGGAAGUCUUUCUUCCUUUAUUUUCUGCCCCUCUUUCGUUUUACUGUUUAUCCUCCCUUCUACCCUCCAAUCUGUUUCUUCUCCUCCGUCAGCCCACGACUCUUACAUGUACUUCCUUCAGUCCUUUCAACUUAGUCUAGUUUUAGUAUUCUUCUGACGUCACUGUCAUCAUUCUUACCUCUUUUGUCGGCCAAACAAAAUGAUAUAAAUAAACAUUACAUGUACACAUAAUAGCAUCUCAUGGUAAAUGUUAAUUAUACAUAUCAAUUGCCAGUUAUAAACUGUGCAAAGAACCAACCUCAUCUACCAUACUUAAUUUAUUUUAACUUGUACAGCAGAUAUUAGUAACCUAAUAACAGUCCGGUAUCAGCCUAUUCCAGUUAAAGCAAAUUAUAGUCCAUGUUGACAGGACAUUUAAAUUUUUCAAGUAGAUUACUGUCUUGUAAUUAGUUAACAUGUAUUUAAGAGAGAUGUUUCAAUAUACCGGUGCAUGUACAAUGGAACUGAUGUGCAUGUACAGUCUGUCUUCCUUGACUUGAAGUACGCCGUCACUGGCAAAGAAGAGACAGGUUGGUUAGAAUCAUUACAACAAUUGCCAAUGCUCAGUGGUUGGUUAGAAUCAUUACAACAAUUGCCAAUGCUCAGUGGUUGGUUAGAAUCAUCACAACAAUUACCAAUGCUCAGUGGUUGGUUAGAAUCAUUACAACAAUUGCCAAUGCUCAGUGGUUGGUUAGAAUCAUUACAACAAUUGCCAAUGCUCAGUGGUUGGUUAGAAUCAUUACAACAAUUGCCAAUGCUCAGUGGGUUCAGUGCCAAAUCAGUGCUCGGUGGUCGAUUG